AUGUUUAUCGAGACCACCCAAAUCUCAGGUGCUCACUGCUGCGCUGCUGCGGGAGUCCUGCUGAUCACAUACUAUGUUGUUCCCUACUUGCUCGAUCCCCACAACUACCGACGCAGAUUUUCUGGUCCAUGGCUCGCAUCCUUCACUGGCUCGUGGUUAGCGAAUAGUGCUACUUCCGGCAGACACUACCAGAAUCUUCUCGAGCUCCAUAACAAGUAUGGAAAAUUCGUGAGAGUUGGUCCCAACCAUAUCAGCAUCGCCGAUGCCGAUGCCCUAGAGGUUGUGUAUGGACAUUCGAGUGGUACACUCAAGUCCGAGUUUUAUGACGCUUUUCACAAUGGCAAAGAGGAUAUUUUCAAUUCGCGAGAGAAGGCCAUCCAUACCAUGAAGCGCAAGCGUAUUGCAAAUAUAUUCAGUCCCCAGAAUAUCGUGGCCUUUGAGCCUCGCGUACGGGUACACAUUCGAAGGCUCUGUGCUCAAUUAGACAUGCGAUGCAAGCAGGCCUUUAUGGGCAAUUCAGGAUUCAACUGGGUUGCCAAAGAUGGCCGAGCAGUCAUCAAUAGCUCCCUACAGUUCGCCUAUCUAACGUUCGAUAUAAUUAGCGACUUGGCUCUGGGAUUGCCUUUUGGGAUGGUAGAAGGACAGAAAGAUUCGACCCCCGCCUUUUUAUCGCUCACCUCAAAGAAGAACGUUGAAGGGAUGUCCCCAAUUCAUUUUAUAGCAGCCGGCGGGAAGGGUGCAAUGGCUCUGGGCUCAUAUCCCCCAUGGGUUCAGAAAAUGCUUCUCUACGGUACUCCUUGGCAUAUUCCUGACCUAAUCGUUCGCCGUAACUUUCUCAAGACGGUCAAGGCCGCGGUCAACGCGCGAGUUUCCAGGAUCGAGAGAGAAGGACAAUCAGAUAAAGAGCGUGGCGUGGACUUGCUAGAUAAAUUGUUCGAGGUAAAAAAUGUCGAUGGGUCCCCAUUGACGAGAGAGGAAAUCGACUCCGAGGCCCUCGUGACUCUUGGCGCCGGGAGCGAUACGACGGCCAACUCCCUAGCUGCUAUGUCUUACUAUAUUGCCUCGAACUCUGAGAUCAAGAGGAAGCUUCAACAGGAGCUCGACUUGAUUGAUAUGGACUCGGUUGUAGAUCAGGAUGAUCUCGAUGAAGAUCAAUCAGGCCACGCCAUCCCUAGAUUUGAACAGGUCAAGAAUUUGCCUUACCUUAAUGCGUGUGUAAAGGAGACUCUGCGUCUCUACUCAACAGUGGGCGCUGGACUUCCGCGGGUUGUGCCGGAAGGGAAGAAUCUGACGAUUGCUGGCCAGACGUUCAACGCGGGAAGUGUCAUUAGUAUAUCCUCCUACUGCACCAACAGAUCCAGUGUGUGGGGAUCUGAUGCCGAGGCAUACAGGCCGGAACGCUGGCUAGAAGAUGAAUCUGCAUCGUUGAACAAGUAUUUUGUGGCAUUUUCGACUGGUCCUCGUGGCUGCGUUGGCCGUAACCUAGCAAACAUGAAUCUCCUGCUAAUCGCUUCAGCAUUUUUCCGUCGAUACGAUAUUGACUUGGCCACUCCUGCCACCAAGCUCGUGGUAGAUGAAGGGUUCGUAAGGAACGUAACGGAUUGUGAGGUUUCGAUCAAGCCAAGGGUUUGA